GAAGGGGGCAUAUGUCUGAGCCCCCCAGGAGUGGCCAAAGCAGGCAUCUCUGUGAAAUGCAGAAAAAGCAGAGACCGGAGAGGAAUCCGGUGAACAUGAGCCCAGCUCGCUUCCUGGAGAGGGAGGGAACUUGGGGGGAGGGAACUCUCAUUAUAAUGUCCGUCCCCAUCCGGUGGCUUUCCUGCUUCUUCCCCCGCUGGGAUCCACGCUCUGGGAUCUGAGCUGGAGGCUUCCUUGGGGCACAGAUCAAAGAUGGAAAAGCAGGAUUCUGCUGUGGCAGGAAGAGGCCCCGACACCAUCAAGAUUGGAAGCACUGAGAACGUCUGGGAAAGAACCAUGCAGAAGAAGAUCCCGGCCGAAGGUGUUUUCCAUCCCAAAGUACAGCACCAACAGUUCAGAAACUUCAAGGACUUAUGCUACCAGGAGACCAAGGGACCUCGAGAGGUUUGCAGCCAACUGCGCCGUCUCUGCCAUGAGUGGCUCAAGCCAGAGCGACACACCAAGGCUCAGAUCCUGGAUUUAGUGAUCCUGGAGCAGUUUCUGGCUAUCCUCCCCCCGGAGAUGGAGAACUGGGUCAGGGAAUGUGGGGCGGAGACCUGUUCCCAGGCGGUGGCCCUGGCUGAAGGUUUCCUCCUGAGUCGGGCAGAGGAGAAGAAGCAGGCAGAGCAGCAGACCAAGGGUCUGCUUGCAGAAUUGGCUGCUGAUUCCCUGGAGGCAGAGAGGAUGCCAUCAACCACUGGAGAGUAUCCCAUGCGAAACAUGCCAGAGAGUGAUGGAGGUGCCACUUUGUUGGCAGGUGAUGGAAUGAGCUUGGCAAGACCCGUUCGGCCACCUCUUCUUUCGGACAGAGGGGAAGCAGCUGCUGUAACACUAGACCAGCGCAUGGAAAGCACUUCCGCCAUCGUUUGGACCACACGACCCACCAAACCAUCCACACGUCAGAGAAGCCGUAUCAGUGCUUCGUGUGCGGCCGGAAGUUCAUCCAAAAGGGAAGUCUCACUGAACAUCAGAGAAUCCACACAGGGGAGAAACCGUAUCAGUGCUCGGAGUGUGGAAAGAGCUUUGGCCAGAAGUCCCAGCUCACUUUUCACCAGAGAACUCAUUUGGGGAAGAAACCUUAUCAAUGCCCAAAGUGCGGAAAGAGCUUCGUUCACCAUUCAACCUUUUCUUGCCAUCAGAAAGUUCACUUUCGGGAGAAAUUGUAUAAAUCGGGGGUGGGCAACAUCAGGCCACUCUACUCUGCGCUUGGCACCUGCCCCACACCAGGGCCCCCCUCCCCAGCCCCUGCCCCCCAAUGACUCUUCUGUUUCUGCCUGCCUGGAAUGUGUCAUUCAACUCCAACAAUGCCCCUUGAAUGUCUGUAUUGAAGAUAGAGAAGGUGUUGAACCUGGCUGGCUGGCAUGUCUGGCAUGUCAGGCCAUGAGAAAGUUCACUGCAGAGGACUCUCUUACGCAACUGGGCCUAGGACAGAUCUCUUAAAUCAGCUUGUGGGAAGGAGGGAGCUUCAUUCCACCUGAUUUAGGUGUGCGAGUGAUCUCUACAGGGAGCUUUUCCGUGCUUCAGAGCCCAGCGCUAAGCAGGAUUGAUCAGUCCUGCUCCCCAGCCACAUAGACUAGCUUUGGACAGGUGAACAAUGACAGCAAAUGAUUGACAGGUGGGUGGGCUCGCCCACAAGUCAGAAGUUGGCUCAGGUCGGUGGGGUGAAGUGUGGAGCUAUCUGGUCCCCCAGGCAGAAAAAAGGGUUCUCUACCCACUGGGGUGGGGCGCGGGUGGCGCUGUGGGUUUAAACCACAGAGCCUAGGACUUGCUGAUCAGAAGGUCAGCGGUUCACUCCCG